AUGGAGAUGACCGAAGAGAACCAAUCGCCGGAAAACGAGUGUGAACAAGUGGACAGACAGUACGAAGAAGACGAGGAGGAAGUGUUUGGCACUUUUGGCAGUGUACACAUAAUGCUGGGACGAGGAGCGAAGUUCCGCCGCGCUGCGCCGCGGACCGACACCCGCUCUCGCCAUCUCGACAUGGGUGACCACGUGGUGGUAUAUCCGGAGCACCAUCAAGGUCUAUGCUCCGAUGAUAAGGCUUACAGGCAGGAGGAUACCAACGUUGAUGAAGAGGCUCAGACAGCUGGCGUUUACAACGCCAUAGGCGACACGCCCAUGCAGCAGUCUCAGACUGAUUGGAGGCCACUUGCGGACGCGGCUGCGAAUAAACCCAACCUUAUGUACACCUCCGGAACAGGCGCCACGCCCAUGCAGCAGCCUCAGACUGAUUGGAGGUCCCUUGCGGACGCGGCUGCGAAAAUACCCAACCCUAUGUACAACACUGGAACAGGCGCCACGCCCAUGCAGCAGUCUCAGACUGAUUGGAGGUCACUUGCGGACGCGGCUGCGAAUAUACCCAACCCUAUGUACAACACUGGAACAGGCGCCAGGAACGGGCAGCAUCAUCAGACUGAUACUACGUCACAAGCGGACGCGUCUGCGAAUGUACCCAACCAGAGACACACCGCUUUAACAGACAUCGAUGAGUGUAUCAAACGGCCAUGUCUACAUGGGCGCUGUGUGAACUACCCUGGUGGAUACCGAUGCACCUGCUCACGUGGAUGGACUGGACAGAAUUGUCGGCAAGACAUUAACGAAUGUACCAGAAACCCGUGUCAGCAUGGAUCUUGUGUUAACACUAAUGGCGGAUACCGCUGCAACUGCCAACAAGGAUGGACUGGAACAAACUGUCAUCAAGCCCCCCGACGAUGUCAGAGUGGUUGGAGCGAAUAUAACAACCACUGUUACAAGUUCUUCAAAGACAAAGUCAGUUGGGACGCUGCAAACGGGAGGUGCAAACAGCAUGGUGCAAAUCUUGCUUCUGUCGGAAGCGCUGGCGAGAACAACUUCAUCGCACGUCUCAUCUCGGAUGGUGGCGUUUGGUUUCACAUCUGGUUUGGACUGAGACGAAAUCGAAAUGGACAAUGGAAGUGGACGGAUGGUUCUCCCGUUUCCUACAAAAACUGGGCUCGUGGACAACCUCGUCUUCUUAAUGACCGUGCCUUUAUGCACUACAAGGACUGCGAUUCAUGGUUGCAUUGCGAGUCCGGGAAGGAGAAGAAGGGACAGUGGAGCACCAUCCGUGCGUGCUCCCUCCAAUUUCCCUACGUUUGCAAGACUCUUAAAUAA